AUGGUCAAAGUACGGAAAGGAACAAAGCCACCACCCGAUGGAUGGGAUCUCAUUGAACCAACUUUGGACGAACUCGAAGGUAAAAUGCGUGAAGCUGAAUUAGCGCCACAUGAAGGUAAACGUAAAGUUGAAGUCCAUUGGCCAAUCUUUAAGAUCCAUCAUCAAAAAUCGCGUUAUCUCUACGAUUUAUACUACAAACGUAAGACUAUUAGUAAAGAGUUGUACGAUUAUUGUAUAAAACAAUCAAUUGGUGAUAAGAAUUUAAUUGCACAAUGGAAAAAACAAGGGUAUGAAAAUCUUUGUUGUCUGCGAUGUAUUCAACCUCGCGAUACAAAUUUCAAUAAAAAAUGUAUUUGUCGUGUACCAAAAGAGAAACUGGAAGAAGGAAAAGUUGUCGAAUGCGUUCACUGCGGUUGUCGAGGCUGUUCUGGUUAA